GGGAUGGUUACUGCCUUGUCGAUCUCUUGUCGAGUCUCCUCCUUUCCUCCCCCAUCCAGUCUGCGACGUCCCAAAAUUUCGACUUUUCCGACUUUUGACUUUCCACUCAACUCAGUGUGCUUUUUCCCCCAUACUUUCGUACUAUUUCUCUUACUAAUCGUUUCCGUUCUUCCAUCUCUGCUUCAAUUGAUGGUAACCCCGGAUUCAAGAUUAUGAGGGAUUCAGUAACCACCGUGACGAGGUGCUUGUUUUCCUUCAAUUCGGAGAGAGAGAGAGGGGGAGACGUGACUUUGAUUAAGAGCUGCGUAUACAAACGUGAGGGGAUGCCGUGGCUUUUUUUUGCCACCACUUAAAGUAUGUUUGUUCGGUUACUAAGACAGAAACAUCAUUUUCAUCAUCAUCUUUCUUCUUCCAGCAGUACUACUACUAAUAUUCGAGUCGAAUCAAAAUUAGAAGAAUACUAUAGCUCGCGCGUUAUUAAUUUGGAGAAGGAGGAAGGAUGGAAGGAAGGAAGGAAAAAAGGAGGGGUACGGAUGGUGACGGGCUUCCGCACUAGUAGUCCGCCAGUUAUUGGUAGUGUUCUGGAAAGUUUAGUUCAAUUCCGGAGAAACAAACCACUGGAGAUUGGGAUGGAGGAGUAUCGCGAUCGCGAUCAUAUCAUGGGGUGGGAUUAA